AUGGAAUUAUUUGUCAUUAAAAAGCACCAUAGCAACGGUUGUUUGUGUUUGUUACCAUAUCUAACGGUAUUUCAAACCGUCAAUUCAGUUGCUGCCUGUCCUUGCUGCCGGUCGUUCCUGGGAGUCUUCUACAUUGUUUUAAUAAUGGCAGGAGUGAAAUCGGCCCGCAAGGUCAGCACUAACAUGACCAAAAGGUCUAGAAAAACUGUCCGUCUCACCCCGAAAGCAGUCACGGAAAACAAGAAGAAACCACGGAAGACCACACCGAAGAGAUCGUCGAGCCCGCGGCGGAGAGCGGUUAGCUCUACCCGGGGGGGGGGCCUCCUGAAGGCAGGGCCUCAACGUAACGGUCCCCUGCGGAAACCAAGAUCUACCAUUAAGAGGAGAACCAACCGAAUGAAGGGGGUCUCCAAAAUUGCACUGCAAAAGACUCCGGUUCGUGCCUCAAAGGCCAGGUCCAAGGCCAGGUCCAAGGCCUCCAAGAUAGCGGGGGGCGGGCGGCGUCUGCCCGGGCUGCCGCAGCUCAUCCGCCGCGCCGCGCUGCAAUGCGCGCAGCGCGGCGGCAUCACCAUGGCAGCGCUCCAGCACGUGCUGGCCAACGGGGGGUAUGACGUCAGCAAGAACAACGCCCGCGUGAGAAUGACCCUGAAGGGGCUGGUCGGAAAAGGGACCCUUCUACAAAGAGCCGGGUCCCGCUACAAACUCAACACGGUGGGGGCAGGUGAGAAGAAGACAGCCGUGAGAACUACUAAACGCGCACGAUCUCGUCGCAGAAGUGGGAAAGCCAUCAAAGCUUCCAAACCAGCAAGCAAGUCAACCCCACCCAGAAAGCCAGCCAAAAAGUCCCCCACUAAAGUCAAGAAGCAGGCAGGCAGGCCGAAGGGCAGAAAACCAAUGCGAUCGACCAAGGCAAAGAAACCAAGAGCCCGUAAAGGAAAGACCACUCAGAGGGCUCGUAGGUCCAAAAGCUGUUAACCAGCUGACUUCUCAAUGUAAAAGAAAACAAUAAAAAAAUUGCAGUUGAA